AUGUCCGCUCCGUCAGGUAUCAAAGUGCCCCCAUCGCUCGCUUCGGCCUUCUCAACCGCCCAGAACGGAGGGCAGGACGUUAGGGCGCUGGUGUUCGUCAUUGAAGGGGAAUCGUUCAAACACCUGACGACCGUCGCUCCCAAGUCUACCUUCCAGGAUGAUAUCGCGCUCCUCCCCGAGACGCUCCCGUCGCCUACUACGCCCGCGAGCUUUGCGUAUCGGCUGGACUCGAAAGAGGGUGGCAAGUACGAGUGGAUGAUGAUCACCUUUGUGCCUGAUACUGCUGGUGUCCGCGCAAAGAUGCUCCAAGCCUCCUCUCGAGGCGGACUCCUCAAAGCGCUUGGCGGGAACUUCAAACACGACUGGUUCGCGAACAGUAUCAAAGACCUAACCCCCUCCGCCUUGUCCGCGCACCUCAAACACCUCGCCUCCCCCGCCCCCCUCUCGGCGGCCGAAAAGGCGCUCAUGGAGGUCCGCGAGGCCGAAGCGGUCGAGGCGAAACGGGCCGCUCUGGAUCCCGAUACGGAGAAGCGGCGGAUCGCGGCUGUUAUGGGGUUGGGGGGCAAGAUGAAGUGGGAUGAGGAGGUAUCGGGGGCGAUGCGGAAGGUCGCGGAACGGAGCGAUGAGGGUUGGAUUGUGGUUUUGGAAAUCCCCCCGAAAGACGCUAGCGCCAUAACCCUCGUCCUCUCCUCCGCCUGCAAACCCUCCGAACUAUCCUCUAAGCUCCCCGCCAAAUCCCCAUCGUAUGUCUUCUACUCGUUCCCUACGCCCGCGCCUCCCCCGUCGAGUCCUGUGUCGGGCAAGAAGUGGUCGGCUGGGGCAGCCGCUCCGGGGGAUACGUUCCAUGCGAGCGAGGGAGGGCGGCGGACGGUCGCUACGACAUGGAAGGCUGGUGCCGAUGAGAAGAAGGACGAUGAGAAGGAGGGAGAGGAGGCGGUGAAGGAGAUGGGUGAUUUGUCUGUUGAGGACAAGGAGAAAGAGGGGAAAAGCGAGAAAGACGAGGGGGAGAAGGAGGAAGUCUCGGCUAGUCCCGCGGCGGAGAAACCGGCCUCGCCCGUCGAAGCGGUCAAGACCAAGGGACGGGUCAUCUUCAUCUAUUCGUGCCCGUCCGGAAGCCCCGUCAAGCUCCGCAUGGUCUACUCGACGAGCGUCAGGGGUGUUCAGCAGGACGCGGCGGACAAGGCUGGCGUGGAGGUCGUCGGCAAGCUCGAAACGAGCGACGUCACCGACCUCACUGAAUCUCAACUUCGUUCCGCCCUUCCCUCAACUUCCAAGCCGCACCACUCCAACUCCCUCCCCACCCCUUCUUCCAGCACGUCCACCUCCUCUUCUUCCACAGGGUUCGGAUCCACAGCGAACAAAUCCGCCUUUGGCGCCCCCGCUCCCGCUUUCGGCGGCGCAUUUGGCCGACCCCGCCCCGUUCAGCCCAAGAAACAAGACUCGCUCAGCUCCGUGUCGACUGCGAGUGGGGUGCCGUUGCCGUCCUCUGGACCGACGACGCCCGCUGUGGGCAAUGAGGAAGACGGGGAUGGGAAGGAAGGGAUCAGGAGGGCGUUUGAUGCGUUUGGACCGAGGGUCGGAGGUGCGGGCGGUGGAGGGGGGUUCGCGAGGCCCAAGCCGGCCGGGAGGAGAUAG